AUGCAUUGGUCACAGAAGUUUGAAGUCGAUGAAAAACUUGCUGGUUUCGAAGCAAUUACGAUAGAAGAUAACCCAAGUGUGAUUGAUGCCAAGGUAUUUGAGAAAGUCGUGAAAACAAACGACAAUGAUGAUUCGAGCGUCAAGGAGAACCGAGCAAAAACGGCAAGGAAGAGAACAAGGAAUGAAGGGAAGAUUCGGACAAACAAGAAAGAAAAACAACAAGUAGGAGACGGAAACAAGAACGAACAAGGAGAAAAAGACCGAUUUGAAGACAGGGAAGAGAAGGAAGAAAAUGAAACUGAGCACAACGAUUUUCAUCAUCCAACGUAUAGCAUGAAGUAAGUUUUAAGACUUUCCUUGAGUGUUGACAUUCAAAGAAUGUUACUUUCAGAUCGCUCGCCAUUAUUCCCGACCUUCUUGAUGAACCCUGUGACGAUUAUGAUUUGGAUGAUCUGGAGCUGGAUCCAAUCAGAAAUGUGGUCGAAGAAGAGAUGUACUCCGAUUUUUUCAAACAGCAGUUGAAUCAUCUUCCAAUUGACAAAGUCAGUCCCAGUUUUGCAACCCUCAACAUUCAAUUUACUUUAUUCAGAUGUUGAAAGUACAAUCCCUAAAUGACCACAUUUUCCAAGACACUUUAAACUCGUGCAGAGGUCUAAUUUACCCAGACAUGAUCCCUCAAAAUGUCAAGGACUUCUUCAUAUCUAAUAUUGCUUACAAAAGGAACGAUAAGCAAAUCAGUUUCCGGAAACUUCGAGAAUUUUAUCACGCAAAAGAGGUGCUUGAAGUCAAACGGUUUCCUAUAAUAAUUAUUCUCUUUUCAGUUAGCUGCCGUUGUUGUUCCGGCUCAUCUCGUUGAGUUCUAUUAUAAAGAGAAGAACAAUCUCGGCGGUAACUGGCGCCAAGAACGAGUGGAACUUGAACUUUCUAUCGAACCAGAGAUGUUGACAAAAUUGAACGGAUGCGGCAUUUCAUUCAUUUGGUGAGUAGGAAACUUUUGGUUGCUUACUAAGUGUUUCUAUUUCAGCGAUAUUGCCCAUUUCUCGUCACCUCAUACCAAUAAAAUGACGAGCAUGACGAAAAAAAGGAGUGGAAUUGUGUCACAAAAGGAUAAGGAAAGAAUCGAACAAUUGAUUGUUCACGCUAAUCAGCCAAUCGCUCCUAACGAAGAUAACGAUUCUGGCUAUUCGUCGCCAAAUUCGAAAACAAAUUAUAACGACGAACAGAGCUGA